CAAUUGCCCUCUCUUCUCUCUCCAUUUCUAGCUGUGUUCAUUGAAUUUGCAAGUCUGGCUAAUCGGUGGUGGACCGGAGUACAGUUGGGCCUGCCGGGUAUUGAACCUGCCGCUACUACUUCACCUAUGCUGAACAAACACGAUCUAGACAUAUCUAUGAGUCAAAGAAGUGCAAUAAGUACUGGCAAAGGCGAUGAAGACAAUGACAGAGACAACGAAGAUGAGCCUAAAGAAGGUGCAGUCGAGGUUGGUAAUCGUAGACCUAGAGGCCGGCCUCCCGGGUCCAAAAACAAGCCCAAACCGCCUAUCUUUGUUACCCAGGACAGCCCUAACGCGCUUCGCAGCCAUGUCAUGGAGGUGGCUGGAGGGUCGGACGUGGCAGAGAGCAUAGCCCAAUACGCGCGGAGGCGUCAGAGAGGGGUUUCUGUGCUGAGUGGAAGUGGCACGGUGGCCAAUGUGACUCUGAGGCAGCCGGCUGCGCCUGGUGCUGUCGUGGCACUUCAGGGAAGAUUUGAGAUUCUGUCACUGACUGGGACUUUCCUGCCCGGCCCCGCCCCACCUGGUUCCACCGGCUUGACGGUAUACCUGGCGGGCGGACAAGGGCAGGUGGUUGGGGGAAGUGUGGUUGGUUCACUUGUUGCGGCAGGGCCAGUCAUGGUCAUUGCUGCGACUUUUUCAAACGCAACCUAUGAGAGAUUGCCUCUAGAAGAUGAUGAUGAGGUUGGUAGUGUUGGACAGGUUAGUCUGCCCGGCGCCACCGGAAGUUCGUCGCCCACUAUCGGAAUUAGUGGAGGCCAACAACCGCAUGAUUUAUCUAAUCCCUCUUCUCUGCCCAUUUACAAUUUGACACCAAAUUUACUGCCUAAUGGUGGGCAACUUACUCAUGAUGCCUACACUUGGACUCAUGCCCGGCCUCCUUAUUGAGAGAGAGAGAGAGAAAUCUCAUCAAUCUUCAAUAACAGGAAUAAAGGAUUAAUUCUCAUCAAUCUCACCUAUCUGUAAUUCUAUUGUAUUGAUAGGUAUAUAGGAAAAGUGUAGAAGAGAAAGCAUAGUACUCUCAUAUUAGGCUUCUUUGUGUUUGCAAGAUGGAUUUCUUCUUUUGAUUCUCUAACCUAGAAAUUGCCUAUGUAUAUUAAGCUUCUUUUGUUCCUUUGUGUUUGAAAUAAAAAAAUGGUUUGAGAUCUUUUAA